CUGCUCACUCCCCUCCCCUAUAACACACUCACCCACUCACCAGCUGUAGCCUCUUCCAUCCCCCGCCCUCCGCCCGGCUCCCCCUCCUCAAGAAGCCGACCCUCGCGCUAGGAGGUAGGGACCCCCGGCAGACGCACUGCACGGGCGCGCCGCACUGACCUCCGCCCGCCCUGCAAGCAGAUUAACAAAGGCGGCGGCGAGCCCCAGUCCGAAAGCGGAAAGCCAGCGGCGGGGUCCGGAGCCUGCGCCCAGUGGGAGAGCGAGCCGCCCGAGCUGCUCUGAAGUCGCAGGAUACAGCCCGAGCUCCCAGAUCUCUCUCCAGUGGCGCUGCUGGGACGCUGGCCGCACCAUGGGCUGCUGCACCGGGCGCUGCUCGCUCGUCUGUCUCUGCGCACUGCAGCUGCUUUCAGCCUUGGAGCGGCAGAUCUUUGACUUCCUCGGCUUCCAGUGGGCACCCAUUCUUGGAAAUUUUCUGCAUAUAAUAGUUGUCAUAUUGGGUCUUUUCGGAACCAUUCAGUAUAGACCACGUUACAUCAUGGUGUACACAGUGUGGACUGCCCUCUGGGUCACCUGGAAUGUGUUCAUCAUCUGCUUUUAUUUGGAAGUAGGAGGCCUCUCGAAGGACACAGAUCUGAUGACCUUCAACAUCUCUGUACAUCGGUCAUGGUGGAGAGAACAUGGACCUGGCUGUGUCCGGAGAGUGCUACCACCAUCCGCCCAUGACAUGAUGGAUGACUACACAUAUGUCUCAGUCACAGGCUGUGUUGUCGAUUUCCAGUACCUAGAGGUCAUCCACAGUGCUGUACAAAUACUGCUAUCCCUGGUUGGUUUUGUGUAUGCCUGUUAUGUGAUCAGCAUUUCCAUGGAAGAAGAAGACACCUGUCGAAAUAAGUAAUGACAUUGACUCUGAAAUGCGGCUCCUGGACUUGAGUUAGGGAACAAAGCACCACUGGCCUCUAGCUCUGGGGAUCCUACAGCGGCACCUUUCUCCUAGACAGCAGGACUGCGCCCCCUGCCUACCAGCGAACACGGAGCUGCGAGGUCUUUGGUCUCACCCUGUGUAAUAUUAGCGUUGUUUGCUAGAUGCGUUCUGGGUGCUUGGGUGGGUUUUUUUUUUUUUUUUUUUUUUUAAGUCAUCUUCUUAUAUGAGCACUUGUAAAUUGUAAAAAAAAAAAUGCUUUUUAAUUUUUUCUUAAUUUAAUUUGAGGCAUGCAAAAUGAAAAAAAAAAAUCUGUGAAAAUCUCCAAGUCAUUUCUAAGGGGACUGUCUGUGUUGUUGAGCUGUGACAUCCAGGUUACUAACCCCUGAACCCUGCUAAGCUAAUGGAUUUGUGUACUCAAACGUUGCCUAUGGGCAUCAGACACAAGAAUAGACCUGUGGCAGAUUGCACAAAGACUGGACCCAACUUUCAAACUGAGCACAGAUCACUGUUUAAACAGCACCAGAUGCAGACAAAACAUGGAGUCCUUUGUUCUGGAUCUCUAAAGAGUCCACAGCAAUAUUCUGGCAAUCUAAAUUUGCAGAUGUGUGCAUCUUUUGUUCUUGCAAUAUUCUGAGACACAUAUGUAUGUGUUUGUUUAUAUUAUGAUUGAGUACAAAAACAGAGAUGCUGAGUGGAGCCCUUCCCCUAUGCAGGGAGUUGGCGGUCUGUGAGGUUCAUAUUUUCUGCUCUUUGUUUCACUCCCAACACUGAUGUCAGACCUAAACAUACAGCUCAAGGGCUGUGGGACAGAAAUCACAGCCAUAAAUCUGUAGCCAGGAACUUUUAGGAUAUUCAAAGGGAACAUUCAAAUGCUAUAGAAUUCUCUACAGAAAUCUGCAACAAAAAUAUUUAUGCUUGAGUUACAUCAGGUUUUUUUCCCAUUCACCCCAAUAAUCAAGAAAAGCGAGUGGGAAACCUAAUUUUCUACGGGGGGGGGGGGGGAAAUAAGUCCAUCUUGGAAAAAGUAUCACAAUUGUGGGGCUUUAUAGAGUCAAAUAAAAUAUAUGUAUGGUGAAAUGCAUAGAUUUUAAGGGUACAAUAAGAAAUGCACAAAGUGAUUGAACAAUGCUUCAACCAAAAUACAGAGCAUGUCUGACAUUUUAGGACCCUUCCUCAGCCCCCAUUUCCAUAAGUCUCCAUCCUGCCACUAACCAAUACCACGUUAGAAAUUGUAGUGUACUUGACUUAGUCUGCUGAUGUAAACUGGUUUUAACCAAGUAUCUGGCCAUUGUGAUGUGGCUAAUAGCCUGAUAAAAUCCAUGUUGAUUCUCACUGCUGAGGUUUAACUGCAUCCCUGAUGAACUGUCUGCUCACCAGAUAAGGCAGGUAUUUGUCUCACCACAGUGUUGUUCUGUCUGUGCUAGUUCCCAUGUGAAAAGCCAUUUUGCUCCUUUUGUACAGACAGAAGAUUAAGUCUUCCCUUCAUCACAGUUCUGUCUGUCCACUGUUUGCUCCAGAGUCAGUCCAGUACAGUUCAUGUAUCUCUAAGGCACAAAACCACUGAAAUUGGUACAAAUUUUUGUAUGUUUAAGUCUGUCUGUUCCCUCUUCUCCCUCUUAUGUACAUAGAUUUCAUGAGUCUGCUAACAAUCAGAAUUUAAUGCAAUUACCUCCGCCCUCAUGCCUCAAUGUUCAUGUACUGUAGGUUGUACCCUGUGAGUCAGCUGGCACUCUCACUGAGUUCUAUCCUACAGAAUAAACCCAGAUUCUAAAUGACGAGGAGCUCCUGGAACCUGAAAGGUGUUGCCAUCAAACUCCCAUUUGAGGACCCCAGGGUCAUGGCAGGGAGUAGAAGAAUGACACAAAGCCCGUCUUGUCACUGAACCACCUUGGCACCAAACCUUGUCAGUCACAGCCAACCUGGAUCCAGGCUCAGCCUUCUUUUGAAUAAAUGACUUAUUUUUCCUUGGAGCAUCCUGCUACGUUAUGUGGCAACACAGGGGCUAGGAUGCCAUCAGCGUAUUUAUGGGAACUUCCAAUGAUGUUCCAAAGCCAGCAAAAGUUAGGCAGAAAGAUGAAAAGAUUAGAGAACUCUCAGACGUGAAAUGUCUUGGGCAUGGAACAGUCCAUAUCAGUGAAAAACUGUAAGAACAUGGUCCCCAGUGAUCUUAGCUUCCUUUUCACCGCCACAGAAAGGGAGAAGGAGUGUCCCUGAAACAAAAACAUGUAUUCAUACUUCUCUAAACCUUGAAUGUGGUUCAUUCACUUUUUUUAGAAGACAGCAUAGCAUCUUGUUCUAGCAAAAUAUUGAUGCAUUUUCUUACUCCUUUAGUAAAACAAGCCUUGCUGUUCCCAUAAACCCAAAUAAAAGAGGCAGCCAUAUUUUAGUAGCUCAAUCUGACAGGAUAUAGCAAGAUGGCUGGCUACCUGUUUCAUCUGAUGAACAGCCUAUUUCUGAUAAGCGAAAUUUGUCUACAUUAGAAUCAUCUAAAAUGUGUGUUGUGAAGCCAAGAAAAAACAUCACGAUUGCUAAAUUGAAGAGCAAAUAAAAACCAAAAUUGUACUUUUUGUUCUGAAAAUUAGAAUCUUGCCAAGAUUAAACAGAUCUUCAUUUUAUACUUAAUUUUACAAACUUCAUUCUCAAGAUGGUCUCACGAUGGAAAACAUUCUGGGUGUUUGGUUUUUAAAGCAAAUACUUAUCACUUGUGAGUCACUUUAAGAAGGAAUUUAGGAAAACUUUACAGAUUGAUUAGAAUUCUGUGUUCUGACUUGAUAUUUUAGCCCAAGACAGUAUCUGAUUUCUUUCAAGAGUUGGACAAAUAAAGUAAAAAAAAAAAAAAUACAAAUAACUGAUUGUUAUGGACUGGCCACAGACAGCUCAGAUAAAACCAAGCCCAAGACAGAUAUUUCUAUGCUAAUGAACUAACUCCAUGAUGGCUUAAUGUACUCCUGAACUAGCCCUAAGCUGUGAACAAAGCUACUGCUCAAUGAAAUGAUACAAACUUGGCUCUUUGGGAGAGGCCUUUUGACCUUGCUUUUCUAGCCUCUUUGUUGAUACCCAUCAGCAAGAAGACAUAGAAACUGGCUUCUGGCAUGGCCCUCGCCUCAGUGGCUGUUGAACUUCUGGCACCAUUGUUGAGCUCACACAUGCCCACCUGUCUUUUAAAGAUUCAUAAACCUUAAAUUUCUGAUCUUAAAAAUAUUUCUUCAAUCUGCAAGUGCCCUAUAACAUUUUGAAGUCAACGAGUCUUUUGAAGUGUCUAGAACUCAAGUCUAAAUAUUUGUUAUAAAUAAGGCUACAAAUUAAGAAUAUUUUGUCCACAAGCAAAACCAAUGGAAAACAUACUCCUUGUGUGACUAAAUAGUGUGCCAAUCAGAAAGGGAGUUGGUACACUUUAAACGUUAGACAAAUGUAUUUAUUGGUUAAGAAAAAAUAAGAAAAGUAGAAAACUAUAAAAAUUUACAUUUUGUUUUGUGGGUAGCAUCUCCUUUGUUCUUGAAGAAAGUUUAUAGAAAAGGACAUUUCUACAUGGUAGAUAAAUCUUCUUAAAUGCUAGGAUCUGUUUGGGGAAUUGGCACCCACAGAGAAUUAACCAUUUCCUUUGAACUUCCAUUCAUAUAAAGGGCAUGGAUCCUAUUAAAUGGUAAAUGUUUCAAAAAUGAAAUAUUUAAACGAUCCAAAUAUGCUUUUUCUUGAACUUGAGAGAUAAGUUAAAA